AUGCCAUCCUCGUGUAAAGACAUCCGCGCCGCGCUCGCCCAAUGCCUCCAAAACAGCGACUGCAUUCUCGUGCAGCGGCACACACCCGUCGAAUGCCUUUCCCACCCGUUACUCGAAACCCUGCCCGAGCAAUGCCAACAACUCAAGAUCGGGUUCCGAGAGUGUCGGCGCGGACUGGUCGACAUGAGGAAACGGUUUCGAGGGAACGCGCCCAUCUCCACGAGCUUGGAACUCGAGGCGGGUGAUGGGAGUGGAAGAAAAGUGGAAGGUGCGCCGGGUGGCGGGAUCAAGAGCCAGCUGUACGCUGGACGGCCUGCGUUUGAUGUCCGCGAGCAGAUGGGUAAGGGCCAGAAAGGGGAGGUAGAGGGUGGAGACGAAGACGAUACGACUCGAAUCGCCGUGUUCCAGGGCGAAAGUCCAGCGGACAUCCCAGGUGUGGCGCAGACGGACUUGCAAGAGACAAGCAUCUCUUGGGUGGUUGAGUACACUCACAUUGUCACCAAACAGCUUGGGGAGAGCAUCGAUGCUGCAAAGCUGGGACCCCAGCAUCAGGCACAAUCAGCGGCCACGCAGAGCCGCAGGGCAAGAACUGGCCGAGCCGAAGCGACAGUACUCAGAGUCUAUUACCUUUCGCGAGCAAUUCGUACUGCCCGAAGCUCUUCGUCGCCGAUUUCGACUUCGAACAGCAAGAUGGACUCAUUCUCGCAGUGA